ACUUAAUUUUCAGUAAAAACAAAUCAAAUACUUUUUUUACGGAAAUUAAGGGCAAAAUAUAUACGUAUUGCCUUAAGAGUAGAAAAAAGUUGUGCUGUAGUUAUAGCUGUUAAUAUAAUGCAAACAAUUACAAACAGAAAGAACAUUAAAAUUUAUUGUGAGGAGUUUUUUAAUAAAGAAUGCUGUUGUAAAAAGUGUAGUAGUAAUAUAAUUAAAAGGAAAGAACAAAAUAAAACAGAUUUUCACUAUUGUCUUAUUUAGAAAAUACAAUGCCUAAUAAGUAAAUGAAGUGUUAAACGCCUAACCGGAAUAAGAAGAAAUUUUAAAAAUUGUAAAUAUAAUUUAUUAAUAAUUUAUAAGUAAUUCUUACUGCGUGCGGUUAGUAAAAAAUAAAGCGCCAAACUGGAUAAUAUAAUGGGAAGUUCAGAUGAUCGCGUUUACGCUGCGGAGCGUAUAAUACAAAAACGCGUUAGAAAGGGCGUCGUGGAAUAUCGCGUCAAAUGGAAAGGUUGGAAUCAACGUUACAAUACAUGGGAGCCUGAAGUUAAUAUAUUAGAUCGACGACUUAUUGAAAUUUAUGAACAAAGCAAUAAAUCCUCUAGUACACCGUCAAAGCGCGGCCCAAAGAAAAAAGAAAAAGAACGUGAUCCUGAACCCGAAUCCGAGGAAGAUGAAUACACUUUUGUGGCUGAUGAUAAUGAGAUAAAUCAUGCUUCCACUUCGUCGUCAAAUUUAACAACUAAUACUAGCAAUAGUCAUCAUCAUCAUCAUCAUCAUCACCAUCAUCACCAUCACCAUGACAAAGAAAAAGAUAAAGAAAAAGAAAGGAAGCACCAUCAUCAUCACCAUCAUCAUCACCAUAGUUCGAAGUUGGAGCGUUCUUCGAGUCGACGUUCGGAAUCACCACAUGGUCAUGGGGAAAUCGGAAAAAGACAAAAUAGGGCUGGCGAACAUGCGUCAUCAAAUUCUUCUACCCUAACAUUUUUACCCGAGGCUGACACAAAUUCCUCUAGUUCAGAAGACCAGCCAUUAAGUCGAAAGGAUUUGCAAGUGGGAACUAAACGUAAAGCCGAAGUACUGAAAGAAUCAGGAAAAAUUGGUGUUACCAUUAAAACUUCUCCUGAUAAUCCGCCGCCAGCUAAAGUCCAUUGUUCGGCUGAUACUGCUACGCCGAUUUCAACACCCUUAAAAACCGAAACGGAACCCUUAUCACCUGAAACGCCAGCUUCACGGCCUGAACAAGCUACGCCAUUAGAGAAACCUCAACAAUUUAACGGACAAAAUAACAACAACGUUGGAAAUGACGAAGAUGACGAGGCGUCUUCACAAGCGGACAGUCAAAAUGAAAAUGAAAAUAAUAAUAACAACAACUCCCAUAGUAAUAACAAUAAUAAUAAUCAUGAUAACGUUUCAAUUAAACCUCCACUACCGCUACCAUCAUCCACAACAACAACUACAACACCUUUAACUCCUCUUUCACCUCAGGCCUUACCGCCACGCUGGUGGUUGCCCACCAAAUGCAAUAUAUCCGACAAUGUGGUUAUAACUGAUGUAACGGUCAACUUUGAAACAGUAACUAUACGUGAAUGCAAAACUGAAAGAGGGUUUUUCCGAGAACGUGACUUGAAAUCUAGCGGCGAUUCGGUUGCUUAAAUAAUGAAGGUGAAACCUUAACGCCAGCAACAAAACAAAAUACACGGUAUGUUAUAAAAAUUCCUAAGCGAAAGGCGGCACACUUUUGAGACUAAUAUUAAAAGUGCAAAGCAGGACUUAAAAGUUCGUGUCAGAAUCUGCCAGUUAUUCUUUUGAUAUCAGGUAUUUUUGGCCAUACAGAAACAACAAGAUAAACAAGAUCAAGAUAAAACAGAUAAACCAUUAUUUUUUCUUUGUAUUAUUGGUCUCCUUCAAAAUAAAAGGAAGAUACAUUUUAUUGAAUUUCUUACGCAUAUAAAGUGCGGGCCAGAUUUAGUUGCUUUUGUUUGUACAUAUAAUAGAAGAAAAUAAAAUAUGAUUUGUACGAUCGAUUUAAUAGUAAUGGAACUAAAAACAAAUUAAGAAGAGUUAACGGAUAUACAAAACUCAAUUACAUACUUAUUUAC